UUCCUUCAUCUGACACCAAGGCACGACUCCCUUUGCCAUGCGUGUUGUGAAUGAAAAUCACCGAUGAACGUUUUACACCUUUGUAUGCAAUAUUGUUAUAUGAUAUGGCACUGCACGAUGAUGAUUUCAUCGUUUGUCAAAAUCACUGCUAAUCUGUUUGGCACAUGGUGCGCAUAUGGGGAGGUCACGUCUGUAGCCAGUCACGACCCAAAAACGGGCCAAGGCAGCUUGUUCACCUCUUUUUCGUUCUUUUUCUUUUUAUUGUCAUUCCCAUUCUCAUGGACCGAUCGCUGCCGAAUAUAGCCAAAGAGGCUUACGCAACAUUAAAAGAAAGCCUGUUUCAAGCGCGUGGCGCUCGUUCCGUCUACGCUCAAAUGGAUCAAGAUUCGGAGAAUGAAGACAUGAUUUCCCAUAGUCUCUUCUUCUCUAGUCAUCAACCGGACCACGGUGAAGAAAGCAUACCGUUGACCGAUUCACAGCCUUAUUCCGACAGAAGCCAGCUUCUUUUCGAUCAGGAAGAAGAACUCAGCGGAGACGAUCGUCCCGAUCUCAGCGCUUCCGCUUCCAUGAGCCAUUCCGGAUUCCUACAUUCCGAUUACGAAGAAAGUCCCAAACCAUCUGGUAUCUAUCUCGAUGUGCCAGCAACAACUCCAUCGAGAUAUCCCAAUGCGAAAUCACUGUCGGAGUCUUUGUUACCUACAACGGCCGCCAUCCCAGGAGGCAUCACCACCAUCAAAACCGAGCGAAAAUUCAGAGAUCCACUAUUUGCCAUUCUUUAUUGUCUUGGCCUAUCCAUCUUUCUGAUAUCGGGGUUCAUUAUUGUAUUAACAACCAAUCAUCAUGCCAUCGAAAAAUACGCGCGUGGCACCAUUUUCAAAACGCUCGUUGACAGUGCAGGGAUGAUCACCAUCAUGACGUCUACGGCUAUCUUGGUCGGCGCACUGUGGAUCUUUAUUCUUCGAACAUUUACAAAGAUGUUUGUCUGGGGAACGGUGAUAAGUGUUCCAUUGGUCCUGAUUGGAAUGUUUAUUUGGACUCUUGUGGAAUCACUGCAAAGCAUAUACUUAUAUGGAAAGGAAAUGCCACGAGACAGCAGUUUAACCGUUAUGUCGUUUAUCCCAUUGAUUAUCAGCGCCAUCUACAUACUACUUAUAUUCAAAGGCCGUCACCGCAUUAACAAAACCAUUGCCGUCAUUGAGCUUGCAUGCGACGUGUUACGAUACAACCCUGGCAUUAUUUUAGUGUCACUCAUUCUGAUGGUGAUCUUUAUUAUAUUCACCGUUAUUUGGGUGGUCCUGUUCAAUCGUCUAUGGCUGAUGGGUCAUGCCAACGGGACUAUUUGGGUUGUCGAUAACAAUGUUUACUGUUUUGCCACGUUCUUUAUCUUUAUGUAUCUGUGGACCGCCGCCUUGCUUAUCAAUGCACAGAGAUUCGCUCUUGCUUCCAUCACUGCGCAAUGGUAUUUUCACAGUAGCAAUAAGGAUAAAGCAUGGCAGAGCGCUUUGAUUCGAGCAUGCACCACGUCUCUCGGCACACUGGCUUUGGGGGCCUUGAUUCUAUCCAUUGUUCAAAUGGCGCAACUCGCUUGUCGCUAUAUGGCCAAGUAUGUGCGUAAAAGCCGGCCUUUAGCAUCCAUCAUUUCCGUCCUUCUCUCCUUUAUCGAAGCACUCGUCAACCAGAUCAAUCAUUACACCAUUAGCUUUGCCGGUAUUACGAGUGAAAGUUUCUGCUCAUCCGCAAGAUCCGGCACCAAAAUAUUUCGAAGAAACUUGAUUUCCGGUCUUUUGGGUGAUUUGAUUACCAAGCUUGUCCUUUAUAUUGGAGCGCUUGUCAUUUCACUGUGUUCAGGAUUUGCCACGUAUAUUUAUGCAACCCAUCGUUUACAUUCGUCGCAUGGUAUCCUCGUCGGGAUCCUGGCAGGAAUUCUGCCCAUGUAUCUGUCCCAGUUUUUCUCUUACACGAUGAUGUCCAUUGUGGAUGCCACAUUUCUAUGUUAUGCCAUCGAUCUCGAUACGGGCAUGGUCCAUGUCACGGAUGCUCACACGGUUUUUUCUGGCUUUGAUUAGAAGUGUAUGCAUAUUUAAUUCUAGAUUGACCUUCCCUCUUCCAUAUACCCCUUCAUCUCUAUGACAUUAAGCAACUAUCUUAUCCAUUACUAUGACACACAUACUUUUAUACAUAUACAGCAUUUCAAGCAAGUAUGAUAAUAUAGGUCGAUUUUUCUCUUUUUGGAAGUAAAA